AUGAGAGGACGAGGACGUGGAUCUUCAUCACGGGGUCGAGGAGACCAUGGCAGGGGUAGUGUCCACACAAAUGAAUCAGAAAAUAUCAAUCAAGAUUUGGUACAGCACACUGCUUUGAUUCCUAGACCAGACCAGGGUGAGAGAUCCACACAGGGUGCUGCAUCAUCCACUCCCGCUUCAGUGCACACAUUUGCUACUGCCUCAGCUCCCAUAGGUUUGCCACCUAUUCCAUCGAUGGCUACAUCUGCAUCUGCAUCUAUAUCUGCUUCUGGUAGUUGUGGACCUACAGGAUACAGACCAUAUAUUUCCUUAGUAAACUCAAUCAUGCAGCCUUCUGAUCCGAUUGCUAGGCGGAUUACCUUGAUCUUCAAGGAAAAGUUAAAAUACUUCUUAUGGGAGGAGGCAAUAGAGCAGCUUAUGAAGAUAGCUUGGAGGAAGAAAGCUGCCGAGCGGUAUCGUAGCCUUAUAUGUAGCGUAAGGAAUGGGAAGGAGAAGAGGCUAUCACUGACAAAAGGAGUAAUGGAUGCAUGGCAAUCCGCUUGGGGAGCAACUGAGUAUAAAGAGAAAUGCAAAAAAUUCUUAAAUAACAGAAAGAGUGAAACAGGUGGGCAAGGUGCUGGCCCAUUAAGACAUUGUGGAGGAUCCAUAUCUCAGUAUAGGCAUCAACAACAGAUGCGCGAAAGACUAGGCAGAGAUCCUCUACCUCAUGAGUUAUUUGAGGCUACUCAUAAAAAGAAGGGUACCUCAGAGUUUGUUGAUGCACGCUCAAAGGCCAUUCAUACAGAUAAUGACAGUAGUCAGGCAUCCCGCAUUGAUGAGGCUCAGUUAUACUUUGAGGCAGUAGGUAGAGAGAAAAAAAGAAGGGUGUAUGGUCUUGGAUCACAGGCUUCAGUUUUCUUCCCAAACAAGACUUCUGCUAGUACAUCCUUCACAUCAGCUCAGCAAAAUCAGGAUCUUCAAAAUGAAGUGGCUGAUCUCAGACGCAAGAUACAGGAGCGUGAGGAUAAUGAACAAGUAUUGCGUGAGGAUAAUGAACAAGUAUUGCGUGAGCAAAAUGUGCGGAUUACCUCUGAGCUCUCACAGGUGAAAGAUUUACUUAUGCAGCUUGUGAGUCAAAGGCAAGGCAACCAGCCUUCAGCUCCCGGUGAGGGAACUUCUGAACAGCCUCCUGAUCAAGCAGAUGAAGCUAAUGAUGAGGACGAGGACGAUGAUGAGAAUACUACACAUUUAUAG